AUGUUCUUUCUUAGCCCUCCCACCGGCUGUCAGUACAUCACCAAGACCACCUACAACAUGGAGGUUCCCAGGCAGCCCGCGAACUGGGUCAAGACCGACGAGACACAGCGUUGGCCAUCUCUUUGGAUCGGUUUCCAGUACAACCCGUAUAACGGCGAUGUGUUCAACAUGAACUUUGUACCACCCCUUCUCAACUGGGGCCCCGACAACUCCAUCUCUAAGGGAACGAGACCGGCCGUCUUUUACUCUGGCAACAAGUGCUACGGCGAUGGCUACGGUACCAUUCCGGCUUACAACUACACCAACAUCAGCCUUGCUUUCAAAGAGCCUGUCAAGAGCUUUGCCGACGUCAUCUUAUACACCAACGCUACCCACACCGAAAGGCGGACGAAGGACAACGGCAUCAAAUGGACCGUCAACCCUAUCACCAUCGCGGAGGACAACUUGACCGAAUAA